AUGGAGCUACCUCACAAACUCCGUUGGGACCGACUCCUGAUUUUGGCAGCGGCGCUCAUGUCACCUGCAUUAACGGUGCUGUGUAAUGAUAUCCUUGGCCUGAAGGUGGCAGGAGAUCCAGUGCUGACCCCUAACUCGGUAUGCCUGAGGCUGGCUGGCCUCAGUAAGCGUCAGAUGCGAAUGUGUGUCCGCAGCCCUGACGUGACGGCCUCGGCUCUGCAGGGCAUCCAGGUGGCCAUCCAUGAGUGCCAACAUCAGCUGCGAGACCAACGCUGGAACUGCUCUUCUCUGGAGGGCCACAGCAAGCUGCCCCACCAAAGUGUCAUCCUUAAUAGGGGUUUUCGAGAGAGUGCCUUCUCAUUGUCCCUGUUGGCAGCGGGUGUGGCCCACUCUGUGGCUUCAGCCUGCAGCAUGGGAAAGCUGCGAGGGUGUGGCUGUGAGGCCAAACGUCGUCUGGACGAUGACAAGAUCCGGCUGAAACUCACUCAGCUACAGCUGCAGACCCUUCAGAAGGGUGGGGUUGGUAUGGCCAUGACACGGUCAUUACCCUCAGAGUUAACCUCUCGUCACAGUGACCUGCCCGCCAACCUGCGCUCUGUCCACCCCUCCACCCUGCUCAAGCCCUUACCAGAUGAGCUUAGCUCCAUGCAAGAGACUUGGGAGUGGGGGGGCUGCAGUCAUGAUGCCCGUUUCGGGGAGCGUUUCUCCAAGGACUGGCUAGACUCCAGGGGGUCCCCAAGAGAUAUCUAUGCUCGCAUGAGGAUGCAUAACAACCGGGUGGGGCGGCAGAUAGUGACUGAUAACAUGAAGAGAAGGUGCAAAUGCCACGGCACAUCAGGGAGCUGUCAAUUUAAGACCUGCUGGCACGUGUCCCCAGAGUUCAGACUUGUGGGAUCUAUUCUCAAGGAAAAGUUUCUGUCGGCCAUUUUUGUCAACUCCCAGAACAAGAACAAUGGGGUUUUCAACCCUCGAACAGGCAACGGGGCGAGUGGGGGCCCGGCGGGACUGAACGGAGGCCGCCGUCGAAGCAUGUCUCGAGAGCUGGUGUAUUUUGAGAAGUCUCCGGAUUUCUGUGAGCGGGAGCCAUCCAUAGACUCUCCAGGCACACAGGGACGCAUCUGCAACAAGACCAGCCAGAGCAUGGACAGUUGCAGCUCGUUGUGCUGUGGCCGCGGACACAACAUCCUCAAACAGACGCGCAGCGAGCGCUGCCACUGCCGCUUCCACUGGUGCUGCUAUGUGCUGUGUGAGGAGUGUCGAGUGACAGAGUGGGUCAAUGUGUGCAAGUAGGC